GAAUUUAAUCAUACAUAAUACUGAAAGGCGAAACAUUAUGUGGAAAGGCGAAAACUGAGCCAGCAAUAGAAAUGUUUAUGUGCUAUGUAUAGUUUUCUGAACAACAUAUUCCCUGUUUCAGCCUCGACGACCGACGUGAGUGAUGAUCUGACACCGAACAACACGGUUCCACCAGCGCCAGUGACGACACAAGACUCCCACGCGACUCCAUCACCAGCCACAGACCGCGACCUCUACUCCGCCAGCGAGGACGGUGACCUGGAAAGAGUGAAGCGGAUCCACAGGCAGCGGGUCACGUGGACAUCAACACUAGAGGAGACUACAGCGGGACACCGGUGAUGGCGGCAGCAGUGAGGGGACACAGAGAUGUGGUGGAGUUCCUGGUGGGUAGAGGGGCUGAUGUGUCGCUGGUGAACAGGUACGGUAGCAACGUCCUUCACUACGCCUGUUGGGGUGUAGGAGACCUGGAGAUCGUGAAGCUGAUCGUGUCCCUGAACGUGUUGGACAUCAACGCCAUGAACAACUACGGGAGCACAGCGGUCUACUACGCGAGAUUCUAUGGACAUCAGCGAGUGGUGGAGUUCCUGGUGUCACGUGGUGGACACUGAAGUCAGUGUUGGUGUGGACAGUGACGGUGCACAUGUCGUUACUGACACUGACGAGGUGUGUGCCGUCCACGUUGUCGUGUGUCACGAUUCACGUGAUUUCCGUUUACUUUGUGAAUAUAAAUAAAACUUGUUGAAUGUA